AUGGGUCUUUUGUCGCUUGGAACACCACUUGAGUGGAAGGAAUCAAGAAAGCUUAAUCAACAUGUAAGAGAAAGUGGUAUUGAACAACUUAAGAAUAUCUUCAAGCAACAUGGCGCUCGUACUCAAGAUCCCUUUCUUUGGGGUGAUGAAGUAGAGUAUAUGUUGGUAGAUGUUGAUUCUAAAGCACAUACAGCUCGUUUAGCCAUUGAGAAGGAUUAUAUCUUGGAAGAUUUGAAUGAUGAAGAAAAAGCUUUACCAGAAUGUAUAGCCCACAACGUAUCAUACCAUCCUGAAUAUGGUAGGUUCAUGGUGGAGGCAACACCUGAUAGACCAUACGAUGGAAAUGACUUAGGUGAUUAUAUUUACGUUGAAGAGAACAUGAAAGUUAGAAGACAAUUAAUGGAGAAACAAUUGGAAGAUUCGCCUUCAAUUAUUCCUUUGACCUUAACUACGUUUCCUCGUAUGGGUUGUGGUAUCUUUACUUCACCACCUUCUAAACCCAAUGGGCCUGCUUCUCAAUCACUUUUCCUUCCAGAUGAAAUCAUUAAUCGUCAUGUGCGGUUUCCUACACUUACUGCUAAUAUCAGAAGAAGAAAAGGUCGGAAAGUUGCUAUCAACUUACCCUUAUAUCCGGAUAUUAAUACUAAGUUGAUUGAUGAUUCUAUUCCUCAUAGAGAUAUGUUUGACCAUGAUAAGGAGCCAUUCUUGGGUGCUCUGUUACCUGGACAUGUAUAUAUGGAUUCCAUGGGGUUUGGUAUGGGUUCAUCUUGCUUACAAGUGACAAUGCAAGCUCUGGAUUUGAAGCAAAGUUUAGAUUUAUAUGAUGCUAUGGUACCAAUCACUGGUGUUCUUUUGGCUUUAACAGCUGCCGCGCCAAUUUUCAAGGGCUUCCUUGUUAAUCAAGAUGUUAGAUGGAACGUUAUUCUGGGAGCUGUUGAUGAUCGUACGUUUUAUGAAUUAGACAAGGAAGCCUUUGAAGGUUAUGAUAAGUUUGGAGGUUUGGACAUUGAUGAAUCUCAAAAGACAUUAGGUGAUGAGGAAGGCGUUAAAUCUUUGGAUGGACAACCAAUUCGGCGUGUUUCAAAGUCUCGUUAUGAUUCAGUGGAUGCAUAUUUGGGUGGAGAAAAGUACUAUAACGAACUGUAUAAUGAUAUUGUUUCUCCAAUUAAUGAAAAGGUAUACAACCAAUUAGUUGAAGAAGGAUUAGCAAAACCAUUGGCUCGUCAUUUUGCUCAUUUGUUUAUUAGAGACCCUUUGGUGAUUUUCAACGAACGUAUUAAUCAAGAUAACACUUUGGAAAAUGAUCACUUUGAAAAUAUCCAAUCGACCAAUUGGCAACUGUUACGAUUCAAGCCACCAGCAUUAUAUCCUAGAACAACUGAGAUAUCCAAAACUCCUGGAUGGAGAGUUGAAUUCAGACCCAUGGAAAUUCAAAUUACAGAUUUUGAAAAUGCAGCCUUCUCGGUAUUUAUUGCCCUUUUAAGUGGAGCUAUUAUCAAAUUUGCCCCCAAUUUAUUGAUUCCAAUUCUGAAGGUUGAUGAAAAUAUGAAAACUGCUCAUGAUGUUGAUGCUGCUAUCAGUAGUAAAUUCUGGUUCCGCUCCAAUUGGAAUGUUGCAAAUGAAGACUACAAGGAGUAUGGUUUAUCAUGGUUCUCCAAACACAUUGGCAAUGAGCGCAAUGGUAUUGAGAACGGGAACAGAGUAAUACUCAAUGGUAACGGAAAACCCUCAACUUCAAAUGCAUCUACUGAAUUUUCCAAAUUUUCUGUUGAUGAAAUAAUCAACGGCAAUAGACAAUUUCCUGGUUUACUUAGACUUGUGAUUAAAUAUGUUGCUACAACUAUUGAUGGACCUACAGCGGAUAAACAACAAUUAUCACGCUUACAUCGUUACUGCCAGUUGAUCAGUUUACGUGCCAGUGGAGAUAUUCCCACUGCUGCCAGAUGGUUACGUAACCAAGUUCUUGAAUCUCCCGUAUAUGAAAACGAUUCAAAGGUUUCAGAGGAGAUCAAUUAUGAUCUUAUUCAGAAAGUCACUGCCAUCACUCGACUUUCAGAUGGUCAUAUUUUAAACGAGUUUUUUGGUCCAGAAUUAGCUAGCUAUGUAGCCAUUCUGUGA